AUGAAGCUGCGGCUGUCCGCUUUCCAGUGGGCAAACGGUACGACUUCAUUGUGCCGAAGUUUAUGGUCCAGGGCGGUUCAAGCAAAGCCACUGAAGACAUGUGGGCCACGGCAUAGUAUAAAUCCUGUCCCAGACGAACGGUUAUGCCCAUUAUUUGGUUGGCACGGUGGUGCGACGCAGAUAUACUUUGGACCAUGGGUUAUACUCAAAAAGAUUGAUGAAGGCGGCUUUGGUCAAGUUUAUAAGGUUGAAAACGUGGCAACGAAGAAGGUAGCAGCUUUGAAAGCUGAAUCAAAUGACAUAGAAGGUGGCUCAGCGUUAAAACUUGAGGUUAGUGCAAUCAGUACGUUCCUCUGCAUGGUAAUUAAGGAUAUUCAGAUGACCGUAAUCCGCGCAAUCACGGCCGAUGGUGAUAAACCACAUAUUCCACUGGAGAAAACCUUAAAGAACUUAAGUGUUAAACUUGUUCAUGAUUAUGGAUUUGUUCACCGCGAUAUAAAACCGAAUAAUUUUGUGAUGGGAUAUCGGGAAGACUACGAGCGUGCACGUUUAGUCCACAUUCUCGAUUUUGGGCUGUCUCGUUCAUAUGCCAUACAGUCGGUAAGUAAAUUCUCACUGCGCGUUUAGCG